GAGAACGCCAAGCGCUAUCGGAAGUCGAAUGUCAUUUUAGUAUGUCUGUGUACUCCGUUGAGAUUGCACGCGUCCACGCUCUAGAAAAUUAUCGUGAAGUUUUUCGAAUUUCGAACAGUUUGUUUUUUUUUCUUUUCUUGUGCCAUUGGAAUUUCUCAGAUUACACUUAUCUCCGUAGCAUCAACACAACGAAGAAUUGGCGUCAACCGCCAUAUUGGAAUCAAACAAAGACAAGUCCGCAAGACUUUAAAUUGCAUGUGAUAUUUAACUUAUUUAUUAUAGAUUUAAGGUUUGCAUUUAUUGACAAUAUAUAAAGUCAAUUAAAAUACCCACCCACUGUCUUCGACGUUAAUAAAGUCGACAAAAGUAUAUAACCAUAAACUAACUCAGCAAUAAAAAGGCGAUAAACGACCAUAGAUUAUAAAUUAAAUACAUACUUUCUUUGACUUUAAAAAAGUUGAUAAAAGUAUAAACCAUAGACUAACUCAGCUGUAAAACGGCGGAAAUCGACAACAGAUUAUAAAUUACUCAAAGUAAGGCGUAAUCAUUGGUUAAAGAGAAUAUAAAAAAUAAGCUGGACCGAGACGAAAGUUGCAUGAAAAAUACAAUGAGAGACAACAUGAAUCCUUGCCAACAUACAUUGUCAAAUGAUAUGGUCUACAAAGAAGUUGUUAUCAUCGGCAAUGGACCCAGUGGUAUGGUGACGUCAUACAUGCUGGCAGGGAACGUGCCAUACCUCAAGAACAUUCCAGAAGAUCUACCGAUAGACGAGAUGCUCAGAGCCAGAUUAUCAAACUUACCAGCGGGACAGAGCCUGUACGAAGCAGAUCUCCUGGAGCUGGCCGAGGGUUUGGAGGGACGCAGCCAGAAUCCGAUUCCGCUGCUGAUGGACAAUCUGCUAAGGCCAUGCGCAGAUAUGGGUGUUAACGCAGACGCGCUAAUCGAGUGGAAAUACGACGUAGCAAAACAGAUAGAUCAUAUAGUGCUGGGUCGUGGGCCGCCGGGCGGCGCGUGGCAAUCGUUCCCGGCGCGAGUACGCACGCUGUCGCCAGCCGCCUGGCUCUGCCUACCGCCGCACCGCGCCACGCCCUCUGCUGGCGGCGACGCUACCGCCCGGGUGCCCGCUCGUGCCGUCGCUGAUUAUUGCACGCGGUACGUGCACGCCUGCAAUCUCACGCGGUACUUUCGUAGCGGCGUUGUGGUGACGAGCGUACGAGCAUGGCCGCGGACUGGCACGCCCUGCUCGUCCGCCUGUCCACUCGCCGCCAACUUCUGCGUGUCGGGGUACGAGGCGGGGUCGGGGCGCGCGUUGCGGCUGUGCUGCGCGCGCGUGGUGCUGGCGAGCGGCGCGGGCCGCGCGGGCUCGCUGCCGCACGUGGCGCGCCACGCGCUGCACGCGCCCGCCGCGCUGCAGCGCGCGCUGCGCCGCCGCCGCCGCCGCCGCCGCCGCCGCCGCCGCCCCGCCGCAGACACGACCACGCCGCCAGUGUUGAUCGUUGGGUCCGGAGUGAGCGCGGCUGAUGCUGUGUGGCUCACGCUGCGAGCGAAUCUUCACGCCCUGCAUCUGCACCGGACCCCGGCAGAGGCGCUGGCGAGACUGUCCCCGCAAACUUACCCUGAUUAUUGCCAGGUAUACAAGAUGAUGUGUGACGGGACGUCAGGCAAUUACCCCAACUACACAUCGUACCCCGAGCAUGUCAUCGUCGACGUUACCCCCGAGUCGACAGACUCGCCAGAAUCAGACCCAGACGCUGAGUGCACCAGGCCGAAGCGAGUCAAACUUCUCAACCUAGUCACAAACGAAGUCCAGGAAGUCACCGUAUCCCUCAUUGUAGUGUUAAUCGGCUCAAAACCAGACCUGUUCUUCUUGCAAACAAACUUCACACUGGACUGCAUCGAAGACUGCAUCAAAUGCACAGAGAAAAGGGACGAGAUAAGAAAAAAAGAUGACAGAAGGCAAAGCUUUCUCAAGAAUCACUGGUACUACCUAAAAUCCGUUCUAGGCCAAAGCAUUCAAAUUUGUAAAUCUAGAUUUAGCUACACAGAAAUAAAUGGCAACACCGAUACAAAAUGCAUGAUGCCAGAUUGCAACAAACGUACCGAGAAAUGCACAUGCGAUAGUAAAUCUAACAUGAAUGAGGAAUGCGAAUACGAGGGUAGUUAUAAGAAUUUUCUAGAAGCUAAAUUCACUUGUCAAUGCGAUAAUAAUCCUUAUUCAAACGGUAUAGGGUUCGGAGUGGAUCCAAAGAAGCCGGUCGACGGUAGAACAAACCCAGUGGCCAUAGACAAAAGCACACACGAACUGUUAUACGCACCAAAAGGUAUAUACGCGUUGGGACCUCUCACGGGGGACAAUUUCGUCCGGUUCAUCCCGGGCGGGGCGCUAGCUAUAGUGGCGCAUAUACACAAACAGAAAUCAGAAGCCCAAUGACUUGCCAUAACCAAUAUUAUGUGAUUCAAAUACUUAAUUUUGUUUUUUUUUUUUUUAAUUUUUACAAUAAAUUAUUUUUUUAUACUCAA